CAUAAUGGCGGACACCGCCGCGCCGGGCCUGGAGAGAAAGCCUUUACUUGUUUAUCACAGACCACUGUGGCGGUGCCAGGAAGAGAGGUAUAAGACUUGGAUGACGUACACCACGCGAGCGAGAGGUCAAGUCCGAGAAUUUCCUCGGCCUUGACCUGACCGAAUCGACCAGGACCGACCUGCUCUGGCAGCGGACGAGUUGCCACUUGAGCUGGCGAGGUCUUACAUCGCAUUGUUUCCUCUGAACGCGAAGGGGGGAGAAAAAGAGGAAAGGAAAAAAAAAAAAAAGAAACAAAAGGAGAGAAAAAAAAGCCACUCCACCACACCCACUGCGAAGAGGGACGACUGCGCGUGGAGGGAGCGUGUCCAUGGAUCUGAGGAUACCGCCGGGGUUAGGCGAGCUGCUGCGAGACUUCACCGUGGCCGUGCUGCGGGAAAAGCCGGAGCGUCUGGUGGACUUCGCUGCCGACUACUUCGCCAACAUGCGCAACUCGUCGAAGACGAAGGCCGUGCCGAUGUACAUCAUCGUCGACGACGACGAGGAGGCGGGCGAGCCGGACCCCGAGUCACUGCGCCUCAAGUCCGGUGCCAAGAGCACGCGCUACGCUCGCCGCACCUCCGUGUCCGCCGAGCGCUACGACCCGGAAGCAGACGACGAGGAGGAGGUGAAGGUCGUUCAUCCCAAGACGGACCAGCAGAAGUCACGACUGUCGCAAGCCAUCUCUCACAUUUUGCUGUUCAGGUCACUGGACUCAGACCAGGUAGCCGAUGUCAUUGACGCCAUGUUCGAGAAGCGGGUACAGGCUGGCGACAUCGUCAUCAAGAAAGGAGACGAUGGCGAUAAUUUCUACGUCAUCGAUUCCGGGGUCUACAGUGUCGUCAUCGACAGCAACGGGCAGGAAAAAACGGUGCACACGUUCGACAACAGCGGCAGUUUUGGCGAGCUGGCCCUCAUGUACAACAUGCCUCGCUCUGCAACGGUUCGGGCCGAACGGGCCGGCUCCCUGUGGGCCAUGGAUCGGGUCAGCUUCCGGCGCAUCGUGCUGAAGGCCGCCUUCAAGAAGCGGCGCAUGUACGAAGAACUUCUGGAGCACGUGCCGAUGCUCAAGACCCUCGAGGCCUACGAACGCAUGAGCCUGGCCGACGCCCUGCACUCCAAGGUCUUCGCCGAUGGUGAUGUCAUCAUCGAGCAGGGGGAGGAGGCGGACGGGAUGUACUUCAUCGAAGACGGCAGCGUCCGCAUCACCUUGCGGAAGGACAGCGGCGCGGAGGAGACGGUCAGCCGCCUGACCAAGGGCAAGUACUUCGGAGAGCUGGCCCUCAUCGAGAACAAGCCCCGCUCGGCCAACGUCAUCGCCGAGGGCAAGGUGAAGGUGGCUUUCCUGGAGCGCGAGUCCUUCGAGAGGCUUCUGGGUCCUUGUCUGGAACUCAUGAAGAGAAAUUCGGACGUGUAUAAGAUUUACGCCAAGGGCAAGUAACGCACAUUGUUCUGAAUGACCAGCUUGACAGUUUUCGCGGAAUGCUGGAAUCUUGUUCGCUAAUUUUUUGUGUUGAUGAGACUAAAGCUCGUGUUGUUGCAAGUGUUCGCAUCUUUGGUGAAACUCUUUGGAGCUUUGGACGAGGUUGUAAAUUUUCCCAAAACAAGCGCUGCGAAAGAAGAUGGGCAGCGUCGUUUGAGUUACCAUUCCUUUUGAACCAUGCGACAUGUUGUGUCUUGGUUGAUUAAAGGUGCUUUGAAAAUCAUGACAUGGUUAGAUUCAAUUGACGUCUGCAGGUUUCGCACAGAAAAAUAAAUAAGAGGUCAGCAUCGAAAGCGGUCAAUUACUUCAGAUUUACACACCACGAAAUUUAUUAUUCCUGGAAGAUAUAACAUUGAAAAAAAUCUCAGCCUGAUGUGGAUGAUGCAUUGAAGUGUGCACAUCUUUAGUUUGUAAUUUCUGAGAAUUCCGAUUCCUUGAGUACUUUGCCCAAAAGUAUGCCUAUGCCAGUCUAUAAUAUAAAUUUGAGCCAUGAAUCUACCUGUACAAUUUCAUCCUCCCCAUACACUUGUCAUCCCACCUGAAAAAAGUGGACAGGCAGAGAGACAAAAAGAAAGAAUUAAUGGACUCGAUUAUGAAAGACAACUCAUCAAAGACACAAUUCUAAACACACUACAGGAUAUGAACAUAAGUCCAGGUUUUGUUGUCUCCGUGUAUCGUACAUCUGUUAAGAACCAGCGUUAUUUAGAGGUAAAAAACAUAUUAAAAUAAACCAUUAAAUGAACAUCCGGUCAUAUUCCUGACUGUGUAGAUGGGUUUGUUAAAUGUCAUUUGUUCAAAGAUCUUCAGGGGCCGCAUUUGCUGAAAUUAAUUUACAGGGAUAUAAAAUACUGAUAGCUAGCUAGCUGUUUGAUGUGACCGUUCAGACAUGCUACUGACCUGACCCAAUGAUUUGGCACUGCCUACAGCUCAAGAUUGUAUGAUUAUUUAUAUUUUGUGGAAUCCUUUGUGCGAUAUAAUCCAAAAUAGUGCAUUGG